UUCUUUUCUUUUCAUUUCUUGCUUGAGUACAUGAUUUGGGGGGUGUUUGAUUCAUUUCCUCAAAUUACGAGGGCCACGUAAUUUUCUUUUCUUCCCCAUUUUCCCCUCUCCAAUCCCAUUCUCCGGGAAAAUAAUCAAAAAUAUGUUAGGGCUCCCAACCCCUAUCGCCUUCUUCCCAUCAACCCUAAUUUCAAUCCCAUCACUAUCCAAUUCCAAUUCCAACCCAAACCCAUUACCCCCCCUCACUCCCACCCCCAAACCCCCUUAUCCAACCCUCAAAUUCCAACCUCGAACAAACCCUAGAAAACCCAGAAAAUUUCAAAUCUUUGCAGAAAAUGGCAAUGGACCGAGCAGGGAUCCGAAGGAGGAGAGAGAAGAAGAAGGGGGAUUCAAGAAGGAGAAGGAGAAGGAGGAGGACGUGAAGAGCAAUGGACGGCCGACGUUCAAUCUGAGUUGGGCUGAUCUGGUGCUUGAUCCAGACCCUGAUAACAUCUUGGCCGUCGGAUUGACGGGAAUCCUUGCGUGGGCCAGUGCACUAGUUCUGUGGCAGCUCUUCUUCAUAUCUUUGGCGAUAAUUGUUGCUGCUCUCAAGUAUUCUUUCAUUGCUGCUCUUCUCAUUUUCAUCCUCAUUACCCUCCUUUGAACCUCUCUCUCUCUCUCUCUCUCUCUCUCUCUCUCUCUCUCUCUCUCUCUCUCUCUCUGAAGUGCAAGACUUGUUCUUCAUUAUGUAUAUACGUAUGUAUGUAUAGGUGUCAUAGGGAUACAAUGAGAUGGUGAUUAGAGGGUGAUUUGCUCAUUGGGUUUUUCUGAUUUUUGAAUCUCGGUUGAUUGAUGCUCUGCGAGGACGCAGAUAAGCACUAGGAAAUGUUACUGGGGGAGCUGAUUCAAAUUCAGAUCAUGAACUUAUUAACACAAUUGGAAGUUCAUAUUUUUGUGUGAUUA